AUGGCUUUAGAAAAGGUGAAGGCCACAGAGUAUGUAGAUACCGUUAAAUCGGUUAAAUCGGCUCUCAAACUAGUUGGUGUGGUGAAGGCGCCCAAGGAUAGAAGCGGAGAGCUCAUGGUCAUGAGCGUGCGGUACGGUGCCUGGCGCCAGCAGGCAGGACAAGUUACUAUAAACACGAUUAUAUUUGAGACGGCAGGUAUUCAGGUUGCUGUGAUAAAACCGUGUCAACAGAUUCCCAAGCAACUUAAAGCCGCUGCUCGCUAG